ACGGCGCUACGCGUACCGUUGCGGGGGCAGGGAGGGAGGGAGGUGCUCAGCCUCCGGCGGCUCCUCUUCUCCCGUUGGCAGAGCGGGCUCGGGCUUGCCUCUGCCCUUGCUGCUGCUGCUUGGCGGCGCCAUGUCGGGACUGGGCCCUGGGACGACGGCGGCGGCGGCGGCGCCUGGCGGAGCGAGCGGCCCCAUCGCCUCAGGACAAGGCCCAGCCACGCCGCUGCCCUCGCCUGGGCCUGGAGGAGGAAGAAGCAGCGGCGACGGAGGAGGAGGAGGAGGCGGCGGCGGAGGGACGCUGGGCCCCGGGGGGGUGCCCGCAGCUCCAGGGGGCACCUCGGCUUCCGUUUCCGGCGCAGGCGGCUCCACUUCCGGAGCGGCGCGCGAGGGGUGGCUUUUCAAAUGGACCAAUUACAUCAAAGGCUAUCAGCGGCGCUGGUUCGUGCUGAGCAACGGGCUCCUGAGUUACUACAGGUCAAAAGCAGAGAUGCGACACACUUGCCGUGGAACUAUAAACCUGGCCACAGCUAACAUCACCGUGGAGGACUCCUGCAACUUUAUUAUUUCCAAUGGAGGGGCACAGACAUACCACCUGAAGGCCAGCUCUGAGGUUGAGAGGCAGCGUUGGGUCACAGCCCUGGAGUUGGCUAAGGCUAAAGCUGUCAAGAUGCUGGCAGAAUCAGAUGAGUCAGGCGAUGAAGAAUCUGUGUCUCAGACAGACAAGACAGAACUGCAGAACACUCUGCGCACCCUCUCCAGCAAAGUGGAGGACCUCAGCACCUGUAACGACCUGAUUGCUAAACAUGGGACAGCUUUGCAGCGCUCCCUCAGUGAGUUGGAGACCCUCAAGCUGCCCGCUGAGAGCAAUGAGAAGAUCAAGCAGGUCAACGAGCGAGCCACACUCUUCCGCAUCACGUCCAACGCCAUGAUCAAUGCUUGCCGAGAUUUUCUGAUGCUCGCUCAGACACACAGCAAGAAAUGGCAGAAGUCUCUUCAGUAUGAGCGGGACCAGCGAAUCCGCUUGGAGGAGACGCUAGAGCAGCUGGCUAAGCAGCACAAUCACCUGGAAAGAGCCUUCCGUGGAGUCACAGUCCUGCCAUCCAAUGCCCCUGGCAACAUGGAUUCCUCUAAAGAUCGGUGUUGCUCCUCAAAGGGAGAUAUGAGUGAUGAAGAUGAUGAUAAUGAAUUCUUUGAUGCUCCUGAGAUCAUCACGAUGCCUGAAAGCUUGGGUCAUAAGCGAACGGGCAGCAACAUUAGCGGCGCUAGCAGUGACAUCAGUCUCGACGAGCAGUAUAAGCAUCAGUUGGAAGACACCAAAAAGGAAAAAAGGACAAGAAUUCCCCACAAACCAAAUUAUAGCCUGAACUUGUGGAGCAUCAUGAAGAACUGCAUUGGCAAGGAACUCUCCAAGAUCCCCAUGCCAGUUAACUUCAAUGAGCCCUUAUCCAUGCUGCAGCGCCUGACAGAGGACCUGGAAUACCAUGACCUGUUGGACCGGGCAGCCAAGUGUGAGAGUUCCUUGGAGCAACUCUGCUAUGUAGCUGCCUUUACUGUAUCGUCUUACUCCACCACUGUCUUCCGAACUAGCAAGCCAUUCAACCCUCUCUUAGGGGAAACCUUUGAGCUAGACCGGCUGGAAGAGAACGGCUACCGCUCCAUCUGUGAGCAGGUGAGCCACCAUCCUCCUGCAGCUGCUCAUCAUGCUGACUCCAAGCAUGGCUGGACCCUUCGACAGGAGAUCAAAAUCACCAGCAAGUUUCGUGGCAAAUACCUUUCAAUCAUGCCACUUGGUACCAUCCACUGUAUCUUUCACGCAACUGGCAAUCACUACACAUGGAAGAAGGUGACAACUACAGUACACAACAUCAUAGUGGGAAAAUUGUGGAUAGAUCAGUCUGGCGAAAUUGAGAUUCUGAACCAUAAAACCAGUGAGAAGUGUAUUCUGAAGUUUGUUCCUUAUAGCUACUUUUCUAGAGAUGUGGCCAGGAAGGUCACUGGAGAGGUGUUAGACUCGUCAGGGAAAGUGCAUUUCAUGUUAUUGGGGACAUGGGAUGAGAAAAUGGACUGCUUCAAGGUGAUUUCUACUGUGGAGAACGGUGGUGAUAGCCGGCAAAGAGCACAUGAAGCUGAGGACAGCAGAGUCAUAUUGUGGAAGAGGAACCCACUCCCGAAGAAUGCUGAGAAUAUGUACUAUUUCUCAGAGCUGGCUUUGACACUCAAUGCCCCAGAAAGUGGUACUGCUCCCACAGACAGUAGACUUCGACCUGACCAGCGACUCAUGGAGAAUGGGCGCUGGGAUGAAGCUAACGCAGAGAAGCAACGCCUUGAAGAGAAGCAACGCAUCUCUCGGAAAAAACGUGAAGCUGAAGCCAUGAAAGCAACUGAGGAUGGAACUCCUUAUGAUCCCUACAAAGCAUUAUGGUUUGAACGGAAAAAGGAUCCUGACACAAAGGAAGUGGCCCAUGUGUACAGGGGAGGCUAUUGGGAGAGCAAAGAGAAACAAGACUGGAGCAUGUGCCCUGACAUCUUCUGAGAGCUGGAAGAAGCAACAGGACUACUAUAAGGAAGGGGGAAUGAAGAGUUAUGGAAGAAGGAUGGAGGGGAGCAGCUGAUCAUGUGACUUCCUGCUUAGUGCUUUCCUCACCAAAUCUGUCUGUCUUAACCAAUCACUCGUUUUGAAUCAAUCAUCCAAUGCAAAAUCCAGCAGUGGUGAUUGGCUGGGUUGCCUUAGCUGAUUGAACCUGACGUUGGUGUCUGGAUUUCUAAAUGGCUGGGGACAAGUAGGAGUAGAGGACGGCUUCCCCUAUUUCCCCACCUCAAGAGUAUUCCUCUGUUCAUGGCCCUUCACUUUCGGGGAGGAAGAGAGGGGAACUGUGCUCUCUCCCAUCCCAACCCCUUUUUCCUGCUUUCAGAUUGACAAGUGGUAUGUAGUCAAGAUCAUGAAUGUUUGUCCCAAGGAAGAUGGUUGGAGAAGAGAGACGGACCUUCCUGUGGCAUUUACCGUAGGAGUCGCCGUCUUGUUCCUUCUCCCCAAUCCUAAAUACAAGUGAAUCUUCUGAAGGAUGGGGGAGGAAAGGAUAGGAGAGGUGAAGGGAAGGGAAGAACUUCUUUCCCGAAGUUAUCAUGUCUCUACCUUCCUGCAGGUAGCAAAGCAAAACAAUAAGUGUCCUGGCGAGGAAGGAAGAAAUAACUCUUGUCUUGGUGGACCCUCCACUAGGGCAUUACCAACUGUUCAAAGGUGGCAGGAAACCGAACCUGCUGUUUCCCCUUGUCUGAGCCACUCUUCACGCCAGGCACCAGCACCUUCCCCAUUUGCACUUAGAUGGGAAGUGAUGGUGGCGCAGGAUAGGACCUCCCACUCCCUGAAGCCCCUGGCCUAAAGUAACUUCUGGCUUAAUGCACACUUGUUUAUAUGUAUAUUAUAUAUAUGUAGCGAGAGAGAAUGAGAGAGAGAGAGAGAGCUAAUUUUUGUUCUGACACUUUCCCCCUCUUCCUCCUAUCUUGCAGACCCUAUUUUAUAACACUUGUCCUUGCUGUUUCCCUCCACCGUCCUCAGAUCCUGGGAGAAAUUUUGCAGAAAGUGUGACAGUAAACAUUGGUUUGUCUUGCCUUUCAUAAUAAUGAUGAUGAUGAUUAUGAUCAUAAUAAAUCCUAUCUGAGGCAGAGCCAGAAGUCGGUGGCAUCCAUCCUAAGGCUCCUCACUUUGUGCUGGCACAAGCCACGUAUCCAUUGUUUCUUUGGCUGAGUAAGAAGGCUAUGGGGACUCCCAGAGUGCUCUGAUGACAGCUGCCAAUGCCGAGUCCUAAGGUUGAAAAAGGUGCUACUGCUGUGUAGAGAAGUGGGCAAGGGCACAGGGGCUGGCCAAUCCAAGCCCAUGCUCAUGGGGCAAGCGGUGUUGGAGGACUCGGAGGCAGCCCCUUGCUCUUGGCUAAGGAUCACACAAUGAGGUGCCUUCCUUCUGUGUUUUCUCUCCUUUUUGUUUAGUUCCUUGACUUCCAAACUUUAACUGCUGAAAAGAUAAGCAGCGGAGGGAAGCUAGGCAGGGUGAGAUGAGCCAUGAGUCCUGCCUUCCCACCGUCGGGGGUUUUGGGUGGGGGCGCCAUACUAUUUGCUGCUCAGUAUUUUGUUCAAAACUUGUUUUCUGCAGCUGGUGGAGGAUGAUUGCUUUCUUGUACAGCAGUGGUGGUGAACGGUGGCCCCUCCAAAUGCUUUGGACUAUCUCCCAGAAGCUCCGCCCAGCACAGCCAAUGGUUAGAGAAUAUGGGGGCUGUAGUCCAUAACAUCUGGCAGACCAAAGUUUCUCCUCCCCUGUUUGUAGGGAAAUGGCAGGUGUUAAAAGAAAGAGAGAAUAUCCCUGCAAUUCUAUUUUUGGGAUUUUUUUGCCUUACUAUCUUUUUUCCAAGAAAACUAAAUUAAAUAAUAAAACCUGAAAUAUUCAA